AUGAUUUACAUCAAUUUUUCACUAAUUCAAUUUUACCUUGAUAUAGGCAAUAUCUUGUUGAAACCACUAACCAUUUCAUCUUGUAUCUUGGCCAUCCUUUGCUUCUUUCAAAACCUUGGAAGUGUUAUUAACUUUUCUCAGAAUGCUCUAAUUUGGAUUGCCAAAACCUUUUCUACUAUAACGAUUCUUACAUACUUGGCUCUGUCUACCUUCUUGAAAACAAUAAUAAUCACUGUUCUUUUUCCAUUCCAACUGCUCUACAAGGUCGCUAGCUUCUCGGUAAAGACAACUAUUCUUGCUCUUCAAAAAAUAAUUAUUUAUGCCUCUUGGGUUUUAGACUAUCAAGAAACGCUCCAAGCUUGGUCUCAAUCAAAAGAAAGCUCAGUGUAUAAUUUAAAAUCUUAUGAAUAUCAAAGUUGUUUUCAGAAUUUCCCCUCAGUUACCGGUUAUGUCUACUGUCUUGACGGAAAAGUGCAAUUGAUUUGGCAUUAUGGAGAACUCGAGCAUUUGACUCCACUCGUCAAUGGCCAAUACAUCGAGGCAGAUGGUGAAAAAAUAUCUUUUAAUGUGAAUGGAAGGAGUACCAAGAUGCAACAAAUCGUACGUGAGUACUUCCAUGAUGCGUUGAGUACAGACACCCAACUAUUUUGCUGCAAUCAAAUAUUCAAGUUAUACUGUCUAAGUGGUAUAAAAACAGAUUUCUUUCCUGGACUUCUCGAGUACGAAACCUCAACUGGUAAACUCAAAAUUGCUCAAAAAGAAACCUUAGAAGAAGUCUGUGACGAAACAAUUAAUGAAAGCGAACCAAAUGAUACUUAUGCAGAUACAGACUACUGGAAGUCAAUUUUUGAAGAUGAACCAAGAAUAAUUAUAGAAUGCAACGAUGAAACGGAAUUAAAUAAUGAUGAAAAGAACGAGGAGGACGUCUUCAAAAAUCAAAAUCAAGACUUAAAUCCAGAAACACUUUUAGAAGUCGAAGGAUCGAAGAGAAAUCCCUUGUCAUCUCAAGUCUUUCCUGAAAACUCAACAAAAGAAAGCGACCUAGACUCAGCUGAAACAAGUAGCCUUAAAAACAGCACUGAUACCGAGAAAUGCACUUUUAAUAUUGAAAAUGAACUUAGAGGAGACUAUGACAAUCAUGAAACUCACGUUGAAGAAGACGUUAACCCAAACUUAUUCCCAAUCCUCCCAAUUUAUGAACAAAAAGCAGACAGCGAAACAUUAGAAAAAGGUUCCAUCUUGGACCAAACAGAAGAAAAUGAUACUUAUAGUGGAUACACCAAAUGGGAGGACGAUCCGCGUUUGUUGCCAAUAAUACCAAUUUACGAAGAAAAAGAACACAAGGCAAACAAAACCAAAAGAAAGUACAAACAAAGAGAUAUGUUAUCAUUAGAACCGAAAUAUAGCUUCGACCUCGAAGAAGAAAAGAGCGAUGGCAAAGACAUGUUUCCAAAUUCAAACAGAUUGAUUUUUGAAUGCCUUGAGCAUAUGAGAGAAAAUUGGGGACUCGACGAUGCAGUACAAAAGGAAGAAGAUAACACUUUAAGCGAACUAAACCCGGAAGAGCGAAAUCAGAAUGCACAACUGCCACGCGCAACCGGAGUAUAUACCACUAAAGAAGCGAUCACAUAUCCCAAUGGCGGCGAAAACAUUCGACCUCUCGAAUCAGAUUGCGAUACUUCAGACGACGAAGAUGAAGGGGAUGAAGGAGAUGAAAAAAUCAUGAAACUCGAAGAUUUAUUUUAUGAACCAUUUAGUGAUGACGAUGAUGAUUAUAAUUUUUUUUUACAGCAAAAGGAACAUUCUUCCAGCAGAAAAGAAUCACAUAAUGAAACAGAAAAGAUGGCAAAUGAAGUUAUGGAGAUUGACGACCUUCAAUUAAUGGAGGAAGAGAAAAACAAGACAUUGAAGAUGCAGUUAUGUAUGAGUUUUAUAGCCGAGCGAUUUCUUCAACCGUCUCAAAACGAUUCAGACGUUCACUAUGAUGGCGAAGACGCAGGGUGCCGGUCAUAA